AUGUCUCUAAUUUCAGGUCCAGGCAAAGGUGGUGCAGCAGGGGCAAACUCUGCCGGGGAGGAGCUUUUUGUCCAGAAGCAUGUGGACUAUGUCAAACGCCUUGAUACUCGAAAAGAUAAGUUGGAAUACUGGCUCACAGAACAUCUGCGUCUGAAUGGAGUCUACUGGGGCCUGACUGCUCUCCACUUACUUGGCCAUCCCGAGGCAUUACCCCGCGACGAGACCAUCGCCUUCAUUCUAAGCUGCCAACAUGACAAUGGCGGGUUUGGUGCUGCUCCGGGUCAUGAUGCUCACAUGCUAUACACUGUCAGUGCUGUUCAGAUCCUCGUGACAAUUGAUGCAGUCGACGAAUUGGAUAAGCAGAAUCGAGGCGGGAGACAGAAAGUGGGGUCGUAUAUUGCGAAUCUCCAAGACCGUGCGACAGGUACCUUUAACGGCGAUGAAUGGGGAGAGGCUGAUACACGAUUCCUCUAUGGUGCUCUCAACGCCUUGUCUUUAUUAGGCCUAUUAUCUCUUGUUGAUGUUCCUAAAGCUGUAUCGUACGUGCAGUCAUGUGCGAAUUUUGAUGGCGGAUUUGGAGUUCACCCUGGGGCCGAGUCCCAUGCUGGGCAGAUAUUUACUUGCGUUGGGGCCUUGGCGAUCGCCGAUCGUCUUGAUUUGAUUGACAAGGACAGACUGGCAAGCUGGCUAAGUGAGAGACAGCUGGACAACGGUGGGCUUAAUGGGCGCCCGGAGAAGCUAGAGGAUGUCUGCUAUAGCUGGUGGGUUGCGAGCAGCCUAGCUAUGAUUGGAAGGCUCCAUUGGAUCAAUGGAGAAAAACUGGCAGCUUUCAUUAUUCGGUGUCAGGAUCCAGAUGGUGGCGGGAUUGCAGAUCGACCGGGCGAUAUGGUUGAUGUAUUCCAUACAGUCUUCGGCAUCGCUGGUCUGAGUUUACUGAACUAUCCUGGCCUCAAGGAGGUUGAUCCGAUCUAG